AUGGAAUUUUAUAAGAACUAUCUCGUUUUCACAAGUGAUUACAAAAAGAAAUUUCAUUUUCUCUCAAUCGAAAAUGUUAAAGAUAACUGGACGUUUGAUAUUGAUUGGAGUUUUGUAUUAAAUCCGAAGAAACCGAAAAUGUUUUUGGAAAGCAACAAUGAGGAAAUUGAAAAUAAAGCAGAUCUGGAAGCAGAAAAGGAAUCAGAAGAAAUUAUAAACAAUUUUACUUUAUCAGAAAACAAAGAACUUUUAGCAUUCACAAGUAGUGAUAAAUCACUAUUCUUAUGCAAAAUAGAUAAUGACAAAACUGUGACGAUUCUUAGUCGAAGAGUAUUUAUGAGAGCAUCAAGUAUUUUAAGAUUCUCAUGUUGCGGGAAAUAUCUCUUUCUUGCUGAUAAAACAGGUGACACAUUUGUCUAUUCAUGCGAUGAUGAAGGUGAUGAAUAUUUAAGUUCUGGUAAAUGGAUUUUUGGACACAUUUCUCAAAUAUUAGAUCUUCAAAUUGCUCCCGACUUCAGUUGUAUUGUAACAUCAGAUCGCGAUGAAAAGAUAAGAGUGACAAACUAUCCAGAUACACAUGAAAUAGAAGCGUUUUGUCUGGGCCACAAAGAGUUCGUGUCAUCUCUGACGUUUCUCAAGAAAGACAACAUCAUGAUGUCAGCAUCUGGAGACAAGACUCUUCGAACAUGGGACUAUAGAAAAGGAAAAGAACUUCAAAAGAUUGAAUUUCCUUUUGUUCCCAUAACCAUUUAUUCAUCCUCGAUUAGAGAAGGUUUUGGGUUGAUCGCCAUGUCGAGUGAUGACAACAAAAUUUACAUUUACGAAUAUAAAUUUGAAAGCAGUGAAUAUAUCAAUCUGUCAUGCAUCGGAGAAAACUUAUAUCCUAAUGAAUUUGAUUUUAAUAUACAUGACAAUAAGGUUUUCGUAAAAUAUCUUAAGAAUGAACAUCUUCAAAUCGACAUCUUCGACAUGGACAACAAACUUUUUCAACCUUUUUGCAAUGUUUCCGAAACAUUCAAGGACGAUGUUGAAGGAAAAAUAUUCAAACCAUUUGAUGUUUCUCUACUUUUUAAAAAGAAGUACGACAAUGUCAAACCUUUUAUCAAUAGAAAACGUGCCCGUAUUGAAAGUCAAAUAAGAAAAUAAAAAGUUUUUUCGUU